GGCGACGGUACGGCAACGGGGAAAAUCUUAUAAACACACACGCGAGUACGGGGGUAUACGCGACCAACUGUGGCCCGGUGCGCGACUAUUAAACACUAGCAACAACAACUACAACAAUAAUAACAAUAUUAAACGCCGAACAACAACAAUAUUGCCGACGACGAGCCGCUAUCAUAGCACAACAGCAACAACAUACAGUACGGUACACACGAAACGAACGACAAACACACGCACACACACACAUACACAUACAUACAUUCAGCUACCUUAUACAUGUACGUAUAGAGCAGCGCGCGCACACAGCCAUACGCCGUGUUUUAUAUAUAGAAAAUUUACGCACAGCUGAAAAAUUUCGUUUUUAGUGAAACGGUGAACGGUGAAUUUCGGUGCGGUUUUUCAUAUGUUCACGUAUCGAGGCGAAAUUUUCAUUGUGAAUUUCGCUGUUGGAAAAUCGCCUGAGCGCUUAUAAUUCUUAAAAUUGUGCAAUAGCAGACGAAAAGUCGCAAAAGUCGGAAAAGUGGCAAAGUGUAUAUAGAAAUAUAGAAAGUAAAUAUCUAUUGCUUGCAUAUAUGCGCAUAUAGCGAUUUGGCAAAGUGCGUUGUGUUGAAAAAUCUGGGUAUGUCAAAGUUUAAAUGUAGCUGCUGUGCCUGCGCCCGUUCCUGCUCCCGCUGCUGUUGUUGCUGCUGUCAUAACGCAUGUUGUUGCUGCUGCUGCUGUAAUCCAUCGUCGUUCGUCUCGUCAACACUUCAUUUUUCGGGACUCCACCCAGUUUCGUGGUCAACGAAAACGCAUACAAAAUAGGAAAAUCAAGCAGACACUGGCGUAGAAGCAGAAUAAGUAGAAGAAGCAGCAGAAACAGAAACAGAAUCAGCAUCAGCAUCAGGAGAACUUAAGAAAGCAUAAGCAAACACAUUGCGUCUGGCUAAAAGGGCUAAUGAGGCCAUAAAUACACACAUACAUACACAUAUAUAUGUGCCCACAUACAUAUGUAUAGUUUGCUAUAAGCCCAAAACGUCGCUGUGUCGUUCGUGUUUUAGUGCGCGUGUGAGUGUGUAUGCUUUGAGCAGUUAAUGAGCUUAGUGUUGAAGAAAAUCUUAAAGAAGCCAGUAAAUAUUUGCUACGAUCAAACUCCUUCGUUUGAUUGCCAGAAAAAAAAGUGUACUUACAUACUUACACACAUACAACAAAUUAUAAAAAUAUAUAUAAGUAUCUAUAUAUACAAAGCAACGGCGUACAUAAGUGUAACAUAUACAAAAUAUAUAUAAAUAUAUAUAUAUAUAUAAAUAAAUAGAGUGUCGUGUCGUUUGAACUUGUGUAGCCGCGCCGUUCGCGACGCCCCGCAGCGCUCGCAAUAGCAGGGAAAAUGCUAGAAAAAUGCCCAAGAUGCUUACAUGCGACAAGUUGAUGACACAUUUUACUGUCAUUGUGACCGCAUUCCUGCUACUCCAUUGCAUUGGUUUUUCACCGUUUAUGCCGCAAACGUUGCGCGCCGUUGAGGCCACUCCCGAGGAUGAAGCCGUUGGCAAAUGGGCAAUGCAGUUUGGCGAUGAAUUGUGGGAAUUAGCGCAACGUAUGACCAAAUCUCAAGAGAUUAAAGCCAAAUACAAAGAAUACAAUGCACGCGUCGAAUUGAAAAAUGGCACCGAACUCAUUAAAUCCAUCACAGCGAAUGUGGGACGCAUGUUUGCGCGCAAAAUGGAUGCGGUACGUUGCAUACAACAAAAAGCCGAGGCAGUCAACGAAGAAUUCGUAUUUAAUUACACAUAUGCGGAGGAUAAUUACCAAUACUAUUCGAGUAAAUUUUCAAAAUUCGAUGACAAACGCGCCGAGGAGCUGCUGGAUGGUAUGAUGGAAUACGAGGAGAGAUAUCUAAAUUUUACGCUAAAUCCGGAUACACACUUUUAUAAUAUAUCUGUUGAUACAGAACACAGUUCCGUCCAUGUACCAUCUAAUAUAUUUGAUGGCGGUAAAGAAGUGUUGAAGACUAUUAUGUGGUCCGAAACGCUGGAUGAAGUUUUCAAACAAAACUACAAAUCAGAUCCCGCACUAUCGUGGCAAUAUUUCGGCUCCGACACGGGCAUACUGCGCCAUUAUCCCGGCCUACAAUGGCAGCGGCGCGGUAAUCCGGAAAAUGCCGACACCUAUGAUUGCCGCAAACGUUCGUGGUAUAUUGAGACUGCCACCUGCUCCAAGGAUAUUGUCAUACUAUUGGACAAUUCGGGUUCGAUGACCGGUUUCCGCAAUCAUGUUGCCAAAUUUACAAUACGCAGUAUUUUGGAUUCUUUCUCGAAUAAUGAUUUUUUUACGGUUUUCAAUUACUCCGCGGAGGUUCACGAUAUAAUACCAUGCUUUAAGGACGCCCUAGUGCAGGCCACACCUGAGAAUAUCAAUGUGUUUAAUGAUGCCAUUGAAGAGAUCAAGCCUGAGGGAUAUGCGAACCUAUCGUUGGCGUAUGAGAAAGCAUUUCAGCUAUUGAAGAAAUACUAUAUCGAACGCCGUUGCAAUGAGACGUCCACUUGCAAUCAAGCUAUAAUGGUUGUCACCGAUGGCGUUGCUGGCAAUACCACCGAAAUUUUCGAAAAAUAUAAUUGGGGCAAUGGUGAGAACGGCACCAUGAAUAUGAAUAUACGCAUAUUCACUUAUCUGCUGGGCAAGGAAGUGACCAAGGUGCGCGAGAUACAAUGGAUGGCCUGCUUGAAUCGUGGCUACUAUUCGCAUGUGCAGACAUUGGAUGAGGUGCACGAGGAGGUGUUGAAGUAUGUAGAUGUGAUAGCCACGCCGUUGGUGCUGCAAAAUGAGGAACAUCCGCCGACAUGGACGCAUUCGUUUACGGAUCGAACGUAUGAGCCGCGCGCUAACGAUACUGGCACACGGCUUAUGAUCGCUGUGGGCGUUCCAGCCUUUGAUCGUUCCUACCGCAAUGAGAACUCUUCGAAGCGGGCACGUCUGCUUGGUGUAGCUGGCACCGAUGUGCCGGUGGAGGAUAUCGAUAAACUAACGCUGCCUUAUAAGCUUGGUGUAAAUGGCUACUCGUAUGUGGUUUCCAAUAACGGUUACAUGCUGCUGCAUCCCGAUUUACGUCCGAUUUCGAAAACUGGUAUGCUCAAUCCCAAUUACAACAGUAUAGAUUUCACGGAAGUGGAGCACCUUUACGAGGAUUCGGAACCACGCCAACCGGGUGAGUCCAUACUGCAGCUGCGUAGUGCCAUGGUCCAAUAUCAAUCAGGUGAAGUCAAGGAUAUAAGCGUAAAGUUUCACUAUGACAAUAUGCGUCGAGUAUCCGAGGAGAAACAAGAUUAUUUCUUUGCGCCACUACCGAACACACCCUUUUCGUUAGGCAUUGUAUUGCCAAGUGAAUAUGGUAAGACCUGGAUUAAGGUGGGUGAAGAGGUGAUGAAGAACAAGCAUAUGAAAGUGAAUAUAUCGGACUAUUUUGUCGGUGACAACUGGAAAGUGCAUCCCGCUUGGGUUUAUUGUAAGUACCAUUACCUGGAAGGCCACGAAUUCAAAACACCUGAAGCUGAGUUGCGCCAUUUUCUUGCAAAGAUGUUACAAAACGACUGGAAAUGGUCCGAACAGUAUGAAGAAGAUGAUUCAGACCGUGAUGACACGGAUGAAAUAAAUUGCGGCCGCAUAACGCUCGACGAGGAUGCCUACUACUGCAACAAGGAGCUCGUGCAACUGCUCAUCUUCGAUGCCAAGGUAACAAACUCCAGUUACGGUGAGUGGAAAUUCGCAAAUGAUGAGGAACGUAGGCUGAUAGAAGGCUUUGGCGGUUCGUUGCGUUUUGCGGCCACCAUGAGCGGCUUGACACGUUGGCAAUUCAUUUACGGUGAGGUUGAAGUGGAAAAUGAUCGUGAAUUUGGCGACUAUCAUACGACAGCGAUCGACGAGACUUGGUAUAAGAGCGCCAUAUUGCAGCAUCAUCAAGAGCGCACUGAAAGCUUCGUGUACAUGGUGAAGCAUGCCAGCGAUCCAAUGGAGGAUAACGAAUUGAUGGUUACCGCUUCGCAUGCGAUAUUUCCACGCGAUGGCGGUAGAGAGGCUCCUGCAUGUGUUGUCGGCUUUCAAUUUUCACAUGCACGUAUGAUGGACCGAUUCUUCAAUAUCACUUCGAUAGAUAAUUGCAAUGGUUGCAUAAAGACCUGUACGAGCGACGAGAUAGAUUGCUACGUCAUAGACAAUAAUGCAUACAUUGUGAUAGCGCAAAAUGUCAAUCAUACUGGAAAAUUCUUCGGCGACCACCAAGGUGACGUUAUGGCGGCAAUGGUGGAGAAGGGCUUCUUCCAAGCCAUCAAUGUUUACGAUUAUCAAGCGCUAUGUCGCGAGGAAGUCGACGAUUCCAGCGACGCGCAAGCUCUACUGCACCCAAUCAGAUUGUUGAGCAUAGGCUGGCGCUGGUUGGUCGCGCAGCUCUUCUGGCAAUAUGCGCGCAUCAAAUGGUGGGCGGACGGCGCACCAUUCUUGGAAUAUUCGGACGAGAUCGACGACGACUACGAAGCGGCGCCGGAUGCGUUUCCACGUCAACCGCAAAAAGACAAAGACAUGAGUGACGAUGGCAAAUUAUUAUUUGAGAUGAAGAAACCCGAUCCGGUCUAUAAUCCAUGCGAUACGCGUUCAACACUCUAUGUCUUACAACCGAAUUCGCUCGAAGAUAUAAGCGACUAUAUAAAAGUGCCAUAUUCACGACCGUUUUAUUUAAAGAAAAUACCGAAUACCAAUCUUUUGUUGGUGGUGGUAAAUGUUUUGAUGCCAUCGAAAGGUAUGCGUUUGACCACGGAACCCGAACGUUUAGAAUAUGAUAUAGAGUUUCCAUGCUAUAAAUUAAAUAUGAGCUUCUACGAGCGACGGCGUCUGGAGGAAUGUUUCACCCAGCACCCAGAGGAGGAGAAAUAUACAUAUUGUGGCGAUGCGACAGCGCUGCGAUUGGACAUUGUAAAUUUAUUGAUGACCGUAUUUAUAUUUUUAUUAACGCGCUAUUUACGCACUUAAAUGUUUGUAAACAUUUACUUAUUUUUUACCCUAUCGAACGAAAGUAUGUAACUAAAUACAAAUUUUUUAUGAAAAAAAACAGAAACAACAACCACAAUGGCAACAGUAAAAAUUAAGAAGAAAAAUUUGCAUUGUCACCAAAAAUAAUUUAGCACAAUCCUCUUAACUGUAUUGACUAUAAAUGCUCCUAGCGUUCUCUCUUAUGUGAAAUACCAUGUAGACUUAAACGGAAACGCCAAAGAAAACAAAGACAUUACUAAAAUGAAAAUAAUGGUUAGAAAAUUUAAAACAAAAAAUGACUAGCAAAACUAGCGGAACUGUUUAAUUUUUUUUACUGUAUACACUUGUCUUGUACUUAUGUAUUGUAUGUAUGUAUGACUGUAGGACUAAAUACUUGAAACCGAAGUUAACUUUUCAUCUUCUGCUUUCCGACGAUAAUCAAGUUUUUAACUGACGAAAAACCAACAACACAAAAGAAAAUGUAAAAAGAAACACUUAAAAAACAACAACAAAAACAAUUUUAGGAUAUUUUUUGAACAACAAACACACACACGCACACACGUGAAAUGUAUACAUGUAACAUAAUGCAAAUCACAUACGGAAUUGUUGCAUGUUAUGUGCUUUGCAAUAGCAACAACAACAAGUACACAACAUUUUGUUUGAGACAAUGAGUAAAACGUAUUUGCCAAAAAACCCAAAAAAUUAUUAUAAAUUAUAACAAAAUAAAAAUACAUAAGAAAACACAAAAAACUAAUGAAAUUAGAUAAAGAAAUCUACUUGGUUAAAUUUUGAUAGAAUUUUAUAACCGUUAUGUACGUACCCCCUAGUCGAAUUCGUUGAUUAAUGAGGCUUAGCCUUCAAGUUAACAGCUAAAAUCAAAACAAAAACAAAAAUGUUAAAAUUAAUUAGUUAAAUGGUGGUAAAUGAAUGGCGGCGACUAAGCGCAUAGUUAAGUGCAAGCUAAAAUACUUAUUACUUUGUUACUGUUAAUUUAUAGCGUAAAUACUUGCCUACACGCAUAUGCAUGUGUAUAUACAUAUGUAAGUAUGUAUGCAUAUGCGCCUAUAUUUGUGUAUCUUUAUAUGUUAAUGUACACUAUCUUAUGUACUACUUAUAUAUAUAUUUGUAUGUAUAUUUUGAAAUGUAAACCAAAAAACAAAAGCAAAUGAUUUAUAAUUUAUAUAUUGUAUAUGUAUGUGUAUGUAAAACGAAACAUGUGUCUAGUACCACCAAACAACCAAACCGAGACCUGCCUAUUUUGCAUCCAUUAUAAUUUUAAACAUAAUAGAGCAUUGAGACGCACAUUAGCUCGCAUUUGUUAGCAGGCAAAGCGCUGAGAAUUGCAAUUUGUGGUUAUGUGCUGAUUUUGAAAGUUAGAUAUAUGCCAGGAAAAUCAUAAAGAAAAUUGAUGUGAGGAAUUUUUGGAAAUUGUUAAGCCUUCUGUUAGAUAGAUCCUCAGAGAUCACUUAGCGAAAACAUUUCGAGGCUACUGAUAUUUUAAAAUACACAAACUGCAGCAAAAUCCAAUCAGACUAAUUUUAUGAAGCUCUAGAUAGUGAUCCCAGCAGUUUGUAUUGGCUAUCAAAGAAGUAUUCUUCCACUCCUUUAGAAUAAAUGUUAACAGCCUUCGCCCAAUUCAACCCUUCAGCUUGCGGACGUUGACAAUUAGGCAGUUUUCGGUAAAUCCAUUGGAAUUUGAACGGCAUAUGCUAAAAAAACCAUAAAGAAAUUUAAUGCGAAGAGCUCUUGAAGACUGUUAGGUCGUCUGCUCCCUCCGAGAUCACUCAGCGAUGACAUUUCGAGACUUUUGAUAUUUUAAAAUACACGAGUUGAAUCAAAAUCCAAUCUGACCGGAUUUGUGUACUCUUUUUAUGAAGCAUUAGACAGUGACCCCAGCACCUUUUGGUUAUCAAACAAGUAUUCUUCCACUCCUUUCGAGUAAAUGUUAAUAGCCUUCGCUCAAUUCAUUCCCUCAGCUUUCGGAAGUUGACAGUCAGGCCGUUUUUCGUAAAUUCUUUGGAAUUUAUAUGCUAAGAAAACCAUAAAGAAAUCUAUUGCGGAGAGUUCUUGAAAUCCUUUCGUACUAAGCGAUCACGUUUUGAGACUUCCAAUAUUUAAAAAUACAUAAAGUCUAGCUAAAUUCAAUCGGGCCUGCAAAUCCGUCGAUUUUUGUACAGUUUCAGAGACUGAUCUAAACAGAAAUUUCCUAGCAAACAACUAAAGAAUAUCGAAAUUUCAUACUCGUUUCUCCUUUUCUGUCUCCUUUUAACUAAAAGUCAGCAGCCAACUUCAAUCCUUCAGCUUUCAUAGCUCGACAAUCCAGCAAUAAUCUAUCACAUCUGUUGCCAGAUCGAGCUUGAGUAUUUGAAGCUAGGUUGUAGAUCUCUAAAACUUUUGCGCGCACCUUUAGUUUACGGUAGCAGUUUAGAUAUAAAGUAGAAAAGAGUUCAGAACUUCUUAGAAUUCGCUCAAAAGCUUCCUUUAGAUAGAGCUUAGAAUUAGAGCUUCCUUAUAUGCAAAGCAACAGUACACAAGGAUUUAUACAACGGCAAGCAAUACUUCCUUAACUAAAUCACCUUCGAAGAACAGGAGAACACGUUCAACUAUAGCUUCUAUGAAAUAAUGAACUGAUUCGUGAAUUGAGCAGGAGGACCAGUUCCGCAAUAGAACGAGACAUAUCCCUGCGAACAUAGCCGAAGAUCUAACCUAAAUUGGUAAUGAGGCUUUUAGCAAUAGCUUCUGCGAAAAAAACGAACAAUUUUUUUAUCUAACCUAAAAUAAAAGGAUUCAUUUUACAAUAGCUUCACGAAAAAACGAACUACUUUGUGAUCUAACAUAAAUUAGCAAUAGCUUCAAUGGAAAACCGUACUAUUUUGUGAGUCAGAUCCUCAAAGAGUACGAAGUUAGCCAAAGAUCUAAACCAAGUUGGUAAUUGCUUCUAUCUAUAUGAUACUGCGAUUCUUGGUGUACCUCAAAUCAUACCACAACAAAAUUUAAAAUGUCAGAGACAAUGCCACAGCUUCAUCUUGAUUGAUUUCCAUAAUUUUUUGCAAGGCUAAAUCAAUUAUGGUAGGCUUUGAGGCUUAUGCUUCAUAAUCUAUAAAUCCUUGCCAAAGGCUUCUGAAGAUGGAUCUAAACUUAUCUAUUGACAAACCGAUUUGAGCCCAUCACAAAUCUGCUAAGCCGAUUUAUUUCGUUCGCAGCGCCUUCGGAAAAGAGAUACGGCUCCAACAUUGGGCUCCUGAGAGACCUUGAAUAACAAUAUAUGUCAAAGAAUCAAGAACAAUAAUUUCGUACACCAUCGGAAAAGACAUACGGGUCUAACUUUGGGCUUCUGACAGAUCCAAAAAUGUAUCUCUUGCUCUGAAAGUCGCUACUAGAAUAUUUGGAUAACAAUAUCGCAAAAGACACUAACAAAUCCAAAAAUGUAUCUCUUGCUCUGAAAGUCGCUGCUAGAGAGCUUAAAUAAUGAUAUCGCAAAGGACUCCGAAGAGAUCCAUAAUUCAUCUCUUGCACUGAAAGCUAGAGACCUCGAAUAACAAUUUAUGUUCGUCUGUCAAUCAAGAAAACUAUUUUACGCCAAAUUUUUGGGCCUAUUUUAAGUUUGGGCAUGAGGUAAAAAAAGACCACUUGACGGAUAUCCAAAUUUCUGAAUAAAUGAACUUUUCCAAUACUCUGACGUCCACAACCGAUAUCCAGUAAUUUUAACAGUUAAUUUCAUCAGCAAUAAAACGCCAUUGAGUAUAGUGCUGAAGGGUAGAUAUCUAACAGAAACAAAUAAUCUCGCAUAUCCAAUUGCAAUUCUCAACCAAGUUAAGCACAAAUUACUUGAAAGGCUAACAACAUUAUAGCUAUUCUUCCGUUUACAUUAUUUACACAUUAUUAAAGUAAAUAUCUCAAAGUAUAUGUAUAUAAAAAUAUAUAAAGAAAAACAAAGGUUUACAUUAUUGACACUAAGUUGUCAAGAACACGAAAAAGUUUAUUUUAAUGAAUUUUUAAAAAGAAUUUUUUGUAAAUUUUAUGAAACUGACAAACACUAGUCACUAGUUUCAUAAACAGCCACACAAAAAUCUAAUUAUGUAAGAUAAUGCAAAUGCAAACACAAAAGAAACAACCUUAACGCUAAGCGUUGAAGGUUCUAAUUCUCGCAGCAACAUUGUCGUCCUACAAAACUUAAUUGAAAUAUAAAAAAAGAAAAAAUGAAAAAAAAAAUAUAUAUAUAUAUAACAUUAACUGAGAUGAGAGAAAUUUAUGAUGAAUUAAUUCAACAGAUUGCCUUUAAAUUUAAAAGUAAAUUUUUAAAAUCGUAAAUUAUAUUUAUAUGAAUUUCUUACGAUCAUUAAGCGUAGUAAAAUGAGAAAGAAAUAUUUAUUUAAAAAACAAGCAAACUAAGUAAAUAUAUAGUUAUGUAUAUGAGAGAGAGAUAAUUAAUAAAUCAAUUUUUUGAAUAUUAAAAUGAAGAUCAAAAAAUUAUUUGACCAACACUGUUAACUAAUUAGUAAAAUGCAAGUGGGAAUAGUUUGUAUAAAAACACUUUAUGUAAAAAAUCAUAAAUUUUAUUUUAAACCAAACUCAUCAAUGUACACUAAAUAUGUAAAAUAAUAUUGAGUUUUAUUUAAAAAAAAGUUUUUUUUUUAAUAAUUUCUAAGCAUAAUAAAAGAACACAGAGAACUUCUGUCAACUGCGACAGCAUAAACCGAUUGAACCGUUUUUAAAUAUAUAAAUAAAGAACAAAAAGAAAAUAAAAAAGAAA